GAUUAUAAUCUUAUAUGCAUUUUUUAAUUGUAUCUUUUAUAUGUGAAGGAAUAAAUAGUACUAGGCCAAGGAACAUAUAGACAUGUACCAACAAAUAAAUAAAUGUUAUUUAACCUUAAAACCAAUCAUUAUCAUGGUAAUGCAUACUUUUUUAAAUUAUAGAAAAGUCUAUAGAUACCAAAAAAAUAUGCAUUAGAAAAGGUAAACAAAUCUGUAUUCUGAUACGAAGAGAUUUCAUCGAUAAUCAGGCUUCCCAAAUACAGCUCAUAUAUGCUUUAAAACUAUACCAACGGUUUUCAACUUUAAAUGGUAAUCUCUUGAAUCUGGAGGGAGGUGGAUUGGAGUCAAGUCCUACCCUUAUAAUCGAUUUAACAAAUCUAUCUGCCAGCCUAUAUUCAGCCUUCGAGAUUUUCAUCUCACCAGUCACAAAAAUGAAGGUUCUCACUAACAUCUUUCUUGUUGCUAGCCUGGCCAUAGGCAUCAUUUUCAUGUCAAUAUAUCAACCAGAAUAUUUCUAUGGACUAGAGUACGAUGUUCGUGUCAUCAAUGGGUUUAAAAACAACUCAUCACUGCCACUGGUCAUAUGGUGCUCGUCAAACAAUGAUGAUCUCGGCGGACGUGCCCUCCAGGAAGGUGAUGAUUUCAGUUGGAGCCUGAAGACCAACUUCUGGGGCACUACUCAUUUCUUGUGCACCAUGAAGUGGGAUGCAAUGAGGAGGAAAUUUGAUGCCUUCAAGGUUCCAAGGGAUCUUCAGCGUUGCAGCCUUUUCAGGAAGUGCUCUUGGUCGGUGAGAGAGGAUGGGUUCUAUUUCAGCAAUGAUGAAGUGAACUGGAAGAAAGACUUCUCAUGGUUAUAAUUAUAUGUUUUCAUUUUCUGGGCAACAUGGCUUCUUUGCUGUUGCUAAAAUCAUUAAUCAUGUACUUUCGAGGAUUUGCAAAUCUAAUGAUGCAAUAGUUAUCAGCAUUUGGCAAUAUAUAUGCUAGCAAUAUUGCAGUAGUAUAUACUCCCCCCUUGUAUUUUGUUACAAGUUAGGAUAUCCAAGAGAUCGUCCAAGCUUGUAAUCAUGUUUAUUGCAGGAGAGUAUUAUUAAUUAAUUAAUUAAUAGAAGUUCUCAACUUUGUUUUUCAAUAAUUAAAUUACUGUUUGCCUGAAUAACAAGUUUUUCUUCUAUAUGAAA